AUGCAGCGAGUGUGCGGGAACGCUGGUCCUCAAGGGGUUUCGUUACACACUGACUUGGAUAAAGGGCAAAGCGCAGUGAAAUACACUCUCUCAGGCGAGGGCGCUGGAACCAUCUUCACCAUCGACCAGAUCACCGGGGACAUACAUGCUUUACGCAGUCUGGAUCGAGAGGAGAAGCCUUACUACACGCUACGAGCUCAAGCGGUGAACAUCGAGACCAACCGACCGCUGGAACCAGAGUCAGAGUUUGUCAUCAAGGUGCAGGACAUCAACGACAAUGAGCCAAAGUUCCUGGAAGGUCCCUACACGGCUAGUGUACCUGAGAUGUCACCUGUGGGUACAUACGUGAUGAAGGUGAUGGCGACAGAUGCAGACGACCCUACAUACGGCAACAGUGCCAGGGUGGUGUACAGCAUACUUCACGGCCAGCCAUACUUCUCCGUGGAUCCCAAAACAGGAGUCAUCAGGACAGCUCUACCCAACAUGGACCGGGAGGUGAAGGAGCUGUAUCAGGUCCUCAUCCAGGCCAAAGACAUGGGUGGACAGUUAGGGGGUCUGGCAGGGACCACCACCAUCAACAUCACCCUGAGUGACGUCAAUGACAACCCACCCAGGUUCUCCAAAAGCAUCUUCCACCUGCGUGUACCGGAGUCAUCAGCAGUUGGGUCAGCGAUUGGCCGAAUCAAAGCUCAUGAUCUGGACACUGGAAAGAACGCAGAGGUGGAAUACAACAUCGUCCCUGGAGAUGGAGGAGCCAUGUUUGAUAUCACCACCAACGAGCACAAUCAGGAGGGAAUCAUCAUGCUCAAAAAGCCGUUGGACUACGAGACCAAAAAAGCAUACACAUUUAAAGUGGAGGCCUCCAAUGCACACCUGGAUCCACGGUUCCACAAUUUUGGCCCGUUCAAAGACACAGCGACAGUGAAGAUAAACGUUCUGGAUGUGGAUGAGCCUCCCGUCUUCAGCAAACCCUCCUACGCGAUGGAUGUUUAUGAGGACACACCACAAGGCACCAUCAUAGGAGCCGUGACAGCACAGGAUCUCGAUGCAGGAAACAGUCCAGUCAGGUAUUCCAUCGACUGGAAGAGUGACCUGGACAGCUUCUUCGACAUCGAUCCUGUCAGAGGAACCAUCUCCACCAAUGAGCUUCUGGACAGGGAGAGUAUAGCCCAGCACAACAUUUCAGUUGUGGCCACUAAAGUUAAUAACCCAGUGCUGACCAGCAGAGUGGCCGUCACAGUUCAUGUGCUGGACAUUAAUGAGUUUCCACCAGAGCUGGCCAUGCCUUACGAGACCUUCGUGUGUGAGAGCGCCAAAGUCGGGCAGGUGAUUCAGGUCAUCAGUGCAAGAGACCAGGAUCUUCCUCAAGCCGGACAAAGAUUUUCCUUCAAAUCCCCUCAAGAGGGAGUGAAGACCAAAAACUUCACCAUCAGAGACUUUGGAAAUAACACUGCCGGUGUGGUGACUCUGCGUGGCGGCUUCAAACGGCGCUCUCAGGAGAUCUACCAUCUUCCAGUUUUGAUUGAGGACGGUGGCCUCCAGACUUUGAGCAGCACCAGCACCCUCACCAUCCGCGUGUGCGGCUGUGACACCGAUGGAUCUUUAUUAACGUGCAGCGCUGAAGCCAUUUUCCUCCAUGUGGGCCUCAGUACCGGAGCCCUGAUCGCUAUUCUGGUGUGCAUCGUCAUACUGCUGGUGAUCGUGGUUCUCUAUGUUGGGGUUAGGCGGCAGAAGAAGAAAGAGACUCUCAUGACGUCCAAAGAGGACAUCCGUGACAAUGUCAUCCAUUACGACGACGAAGGAGGGGGUGAGGAGGACACGCACGCCUUCGACAUGGGUACCCUUCGCAACCCCAAAGUCAUUAAAGAAAACCUGUUUCGCCGAGACGUUAAGCCAGAGUUGGGCUUGUGUCCACGGCGGCCAAUAGCCUCGCAGAACAGCGCUGACAUCAGCAACUUUAUCAAUCAGCGGCUGCAAGAACACGACGGUGACACUUCCGCCCCGCCGUACGACUCGCUGGCCACUUACGCCUACGAGGGCGAGGGCUCGGUGGCCGAGAGUUUAAGCUCUAUAGAGUCUGUAAAGGGUGAAACGGAGGAGGACUACGAUUACCUCAACGAGUGGGGGCCUCGCUUCAAAACCCUCGCAGGGAUAUUCGGAGAACGAUCAGAGAGCCAAUCAGACGUAACAUCCAGCACCACCACUGAAAACAAACACUGAUGGUUUUUUUUCGUUUCACUUUUUUACACUGGGUUUGAAACAAACAUAGUAUCAUAAUUUUAUUUUACCAGAUUUCGUUGCAUUACUUUGUAGUUGUUAAUUUUCACCUUUUUCUUUUAGUUUGCCUUGAUUUCACACUCAAAACAAGAGAGGAUAAAGGAAGCCAGAAUAAAAUGCAGCCU